GGUGAAUGAGAAUAAUGGGAUUAUAAAUAUAUUAUAUGUAAUUAAAUAAAACUCAAUUUAAUUUGUACCCAUGAGUGUCUGUAUGUGUUUCCUGUGUUAGUAAUAUAGUUUCUACGUAACAUAUCAUGUGGAAAUGCCACAAGUGUCAUAAACCAGUAUAUUUUGCUGAAAGAAAACAGUCUCUGGGCUAUAACUGGCAUCCGGAAUGCUUGCGGUGCGAAGAAUGUGGCAAAAGACUCAAUCCUGGACAACAUGCAGAACAUAAGGGUGUUCCCUACUGCCAUGUGCCCUGUUAUGGGGCUCUAUUUGGGCCCCAAUUGUUCGGUCAUGGAACUAGAGUAGAAUCUCAUAAGAGUUUUGGUGCCCAGAAUAACUCACCAAAGUUCAAUAAUGGCCCCGUUCUUCCUAGGUCUCAUUUGGAGUCAAAAAUCAAGGUUUAUAAUCAGUUUUUUGAGGGUAAGAGUGGGGAAAUUAGGUCUAGGGAAGUAAAUGGUAGAUUUAUUCUGGAAGGUUCCUUAAGAAUUCAUUGGGGUAUCCAAGGAGUGAUUCAUCUUAAAGAAAAUGAUGACCAGAGAACUGUAGUCACUGUUAGAAAGAGAAAUUCAUACAGAUCACCCAGUCCAGAGUAUGACACUGAUGAUGACAUCCAAAACAUAUCAAGGGAUAGCAGUUAUAACGAAAUAUCAAGUUGUUCUGAUGAUCUUACAAGGUCUGAUACAGGUAUUGAGAGUGGAUCUGAAUCUCUAGAUAUCAGUGUGACUGAUAGUGCUUCUUCUUCUCCACAACAUGUUAUAAAAAGUGUGACAUUGCCUUCCAAAUUAGAUGUUAAGAACAUGGAAUGGGACGAGCUUGAUGAACUUCUUUGUGUUGAAAGAAAAGUGGAUGUUUCUGAACACAUUUACCAGACUAUGCCUGUUACCCUACCUUCACAAGUUAGUACUGAGAGUUCAAGCGGUUCUAGCAAUAGUACUAAGACUGAGAGUGUAUCACAAACUAUAAGGAAUGACAGCACAGACAUGACCAUCAGAAAUGACACUACAUACACAGAUAGCACCUUGAAAGCCCCACUUACCAAUGGUACUAAUAGUCAAGACAAAGUUCCUCUUUUGUCUCCAUCUUUAAGCAAGGAGGACACUUGGCUGAUGCAGAGCAAUCAUUUGAAUAGAUCUAUGUCCGGUCCUGACUGUUUAGGCCGUGUUAGGGAUGCCCAAUCACCUGAAUUUGAUAGGAGUAGCAUGGCAAGUAUGGAAUUGUCUACCAUGACAGAGCAAGCAGAAGAAGUGGUGUUGAGGAGGCCAUACAAAGGUUCAACUGCCAUAAAACGAAGGCCUGGAAAACGAUUGUCAAGAAGUAAAGUAAAAAGAAGAUGCUCCAUCAAUGGCCAUUUUUAUGAUAGAGAAACUAGCUUUUUCACCCCACCCCACGGCAGUCAGAUGAGUGUGUGGGUCACGUCACUAGUCAAUACCAAUGAAGUUAUCAAUUUGUUAUUAGAGAAAUAUAAGGUGGAAAGCGAUGCACAGAACUUUGCAUUGUUUGUUGUAAGAGAUAAUGGAGAACAACGCAGACUGAAAGAGGACGAAUACCCUCUCCUAGCGAGAGUCCUAUUGGGACCUCACGAAGAUGUCGCCAAACUGUAUUUGAUGGACAGUCACAGUACUCCAGAGGUUAGCUGUGAAGUAGCGCAGUUUUUGAAUCUCACUCUAGCAGAAUGCCGCGCCAUUUUGUCGCAGUACUACUCUCAGGAGGAGCGAGAAGUAGCCCGAAUCAAACAGAAAUACGAAGAGAUGAAGUGCAGAAUUUCUCGCAAAUUACACGAAGUCAAGGUCACAGUGUCUUGAUGUUUGUGGAUUUAUACUUUGUUAGGUCUCACUUAUAUUUAACAUUUUUUUUCUUAUAUACAAUAAUUUUUUUAAUACUUAUUAACCCAUUUUUAGAUGUUUUAACUCAAUUAUUUUUUAUAUUAUUGUGUUUUUGUCUUUUUUAUACUUAUUGUUACGUGUUUAUACUUUUUUAUAUAUGCUAUUAAUUUGUAAAGGGCCUUAUAUCGUACCAAUUGGACUAAAUAAUAGAAUUGGGGAUGGAAAAACUCGAAUUACCGCAAUAUAUGUUUCCAGGUUAGGUUAUGUCUAGUUUCAUCCAGAAUAUUAAAUUGAACCAUUUGUUUAGUAUAUAUUUGGUUCAAUUCGUAUGCGAAGGGUCUAAUGUGAAUGUAUACUCGUAUAAAAUACGAAUUAUUGUUUUACGAAUUUAAGAAGUAGUCAAUUGAUGAAGAAACCCAGCGAAUAUAAGAGUUUUUAGAUCAGAAGACUGUAAUGAUUUAAAUAAAAAUAGAUGUAAUAUCUUAAUAAUAUAUUAAAUUCAAACUGUUA